AUGAGGCUUGUUUGGGCAGAAGGAAAUGGAAAGGGUGAAAAGAGCACAGAGGCAAGCACAAUAUGGAAUAAGAAAUGCUCCAAGUCAGACAUAGCAAUAAGCCAAAGCGCGACGGGGCCGCUGCCUAACGGAAUUCCGACGUACACGGUGGAGAUCAGUAACACGUGCAUCUCCGGCUGCAACAUCUCCAAUAUCCACAUCAGAUGCGGCUGGUUCAGCUCCGCUCGCCUCGUCAACCCCCAUCUCUUCAAGCGCCUCCGCUUCAAUGACUGCCUCCUCAACGACGGCAAACCCCUCCGUAAAGGCCGUACACUCUCUUUUAUGUACGCCAACACCUUCCGUUACCCCCUCUCCGUCUCCUCCGUUACUUGCUCUUAG